CCGAUGUAUUUCAAUGGGAUUUACCAUCUAUUCUACCAAUACAAUCCAUGGGGAGCUGUAUGGGGAAAUAUAGUUUGGGCACAUUCAGUAUCAAAGGACAUGGUUAACUGGGAAUCACUUGACCCUGCCAUAUUCCCCUCAGAAACUUAUGACAUAAAUGGGUGUUGGUCUGGAUCAGCUACUGUUCUUCCCAGUAACAAGCCUGUAAUCAUGUACACAGGAAUCGACCUCACCAUUAGACAACUCCAAAACUAUGCAGUGCCCAAAAAUUUAUCUGAUCCAUAUCUUCGUGAAUGGGUGAAACCAAAGAACAAUCCAAUAGCAGUGCCAGACAAGGGUGAAAACGCCAGUGCAUUUCGUGACCCAACAACUGCCUGGAAAGGCAAAGAUGGUCACUGGAGAAUAGUGGUGGGAGGCAAAAGAGAUCUUAGAGGUAUGACACAUUUGUAUAGGAGCAAAGAUUUCAAAAAUUGGAUCAAAGCUAAACACCCUUUGCACUCGGUCCCAAAUACUGGUAUGUGGGAAUGUCCUGAUUUUUACCCUGUUUCGCUUUCUGCUGGCAAAACUGGUUUGGACACUUCUAUGCUUGGUGGAGAUAUAAAACAUGUUUUGAAAGUUAGUCUUGAUCUUACUAGAUAUGAAUACUAUACCAUUGGUACUUAUCUUCCUGAAAAAGAUAGGUAUGUACCAGAUAAUACCUCUAUUGAUGGUUGGGCUGGAUUAAGAUAUGAUUAUGGCAAUUUUUAUGCCUCUAAAACAUUUUAUGAUCCCCUUAAGAUGAGAAGGAUUUUGUGGGGUUGGGCCAAUGAGUCUGAUACUCGUGAUGAUGAUGUUGCAAAAGGUUGGGCUGGAAUCCAGUUGAUUCCAAGGACGAUUUGGCUUGAUCCUAAUGGAAAACAAUUACUACAAUGGCCAAUAGAAGAAAUCAAAUCUUUAAGGGAUCAAAAGGUUGAAAUGAGCAAUUUGAAACUCCAAAAAGGAGACUUUUCUGAGAUUAAAGGAGUAACAGCUGCCCAAACUGAUGUAGAAGUUGUCUUCUCAUUUCCAAGUUUAGAGAAAGCUGAAAAUUUUGAUGAAAGUUGGGAUAAUGCAGAAAAUCUAUGUGCACAAAAGGGAUCCCAAGUUCAAGGUGGUAUUGGACCAUUUGGACUUCUCACAUUAGCUUCAGAAAAGCUAGCAGAAUUUACUCCAGUAUUUUUCAGGAUAUUUAAAGCACAAAAAAAGAAUGUAGUUCUCAUGUGUUCUGAUGCAUCAAGGUCUUCAUUAUCGCCCAACUUGUAUAAGCCAUCAUUUGCUGGAUUUGUUGAUGUAGAUUUGACUGAUAAUAAGCUUUCUCUACGAAGUUUGAUUGAUAAUUCUGUGGUGGAAAGUUUUGGAGAGAAAGGAAAAACAUGCAUCACAUCAAGGGUUUAUCCAAGUUUGGCCAUUGCUAAUAAUGCCCAUUUGUAUGUGUUCAACAAUGGGAGUGAGACUGUGACAGUAGAGAACCUUCAUGCAUGGAGUAUGAAACGCCCUACAACAAUGAACUAGUCCAAUCCAAAUCAUGAGUAGUAUUUUUUUAGAUUUUAUUUCUAGUGUUUUGGACUUUAUUAGUUUCAGAUUUUCUAGUCUUUUUGGAUUUUAGUUUUUUUUUCUGAAAAUAUUUUUCUUUUUGGAUUUUAGAUUUAGAUGAUGAAUAAAAAAAAUGGACUUGGAAAUAAAACUAUUUAUUUGUGUAC